GUUAACGAUCUUUUCCGGUCAUGAAAUAAUAAUCAUUCCGAUCUGAAAAGAACGAAAAAGAAAUAAAAAAAGAUAAUUCUUUUGGAUAAAUUUUCCCCUAAAAAAUUCCCAAAGUCCCAAUUUUUUCUUUCUGAGAAAUUUGAUAUCACGAUCUGAUUGGAAGGGGAGAAAAUGGAGAAGGUGAUGAAUAUGAUAAAGCCAAAACCGAAUCCACAACAGCUAUUAAGAGAUUGGCAGCGUCGCCUUCGCCAGGAAUGCCGAAACAUCGAGCGCCAAAUCAGAGAUAUUCAAAGAGAAGAGAAAAAUGUACAAAAAGCUAUUAAAGAUGCUGCCAAGAGAAAUGACAUGGUUUCUGCUAAGUCACUCGCCAUGGAAAUUGUGAGAUCCAGAAGAACAGUCAAUCGUCUCUAUGAAAAUAAGGCACAAUUGAAUUCAAUAUCAAUGCACCUUGGGGAAAGUGUAGCAAUUGCCCGUACAGUUGGGCAUUUGUCCAAGAGUGCUGAGGUUAUGAAGCUUGUCAAUAACCUUAUGAAGGCUCCAGAAGUGGCUGUCACAAUGCAAGAGUUCAGCAAAGAGAUGACCAAGGCAGGUGUUAUCGAGGAGUUUGUCAAUGAUGCUCUUGACAAUGCGCUGGAUUCUGAGGAUAUAGAGGAGGAGACGGAAGAAGAGGUUGACAAGGUCUUGACAGCAAUUGCUGGUGAGACAGCUGCACAGCUUCCGGAGGCAGUCCGGAAGGAGAAGAUGAAGCAGCCAGCUCAACCUGCAGCGCAGGAGGAAGAGGCUAUAGCCGAAGGAGUUGAUGAUGAGGAAGAACUAGAAGAAAUAAGGGCUCGACUUGCAAAAGUUAGGUCAUAACUUGUAAGUCAAGCCUUCUGCCUUUGCCUUGAAAUGGUGAUCAGACUGAUUAAUGAGCUGCCUCUGGGUUCGGACUGAAAUUUAACACUUCGAGAAAGUAACCUUUGUAGUGUAUUACAAACUGGAUAUCUAUUGAUCAGCACAUUGAAGCUGUUAUUGUGUAACGCUUGUUAUUUAAUACUUAUUCCUAUGUGCAAGGUCUGUAUUAUACAAGGAGCAUUUAUGUGUUGAAACUCUUUAUACAUGCAUACAUACCAUAUACAUUGAUCAAUAAUAAACCAUUUUGGGGAAACCCUUGUAGUAA